UUUGCCACAAUUUAGCUAUUUCCUUCCAUGGCUGCCCGGGCGAGAACUCAACAUGCGAGUGCUGACCUGCUUACAUUCUCUUUGGCUGAUGACAGUGCCAUGAUGACACAUAUUCUUUCUACCCAUGCUCCGGAUGGUACCUUUUUCAACAUCACGCCACUUAUUCAAAUCAUGGAGGACAUUAUGCAUAGGGCCAAUCCCAAUGCCAGCAGUCAAGGUCAUCAAGUGGAAUUGGAUGUGAUUGUGGAGGAUGGUAUGUCUAACGAAGUCAAUGCAACGCUUGAACUUCUGGCACUUACAAUCAACAAGGUUUCAUGCGAGAUUUCUUGUAAGUGUGUCGAAGACCAACAUGGAACCACCACGGGGAUUCUUAACAUGCUUUCCAGAUAUAAGUGGGAUGCCAAAGCUGUCAUUACUCUGGCAGCUUUUUCCGUGAACUAUGCCGAGUUUUGGUUGGUGGCUCAGCAUUACACUGCAAACCCAUUCGCCGAAUCAGUUUUGCUCCUCAAGCAACUGCCUAGUGUACUGGAGCAUGGUGAAGCUCUCAGUCAAUGCUUUGAGGCAAUCUCUACUCUCAUCACGGCUAUGCUUGACCUGACUCGCCACAUUGUUGGAUUUAAAGAGCACCUUGAUCAUCAGUAUUUGAGCACCGACACUCCAGAUAUAGGGAUAGCCACCAAUGAAAUUCCUACAGGGGUUUAUUGGACCAUCCGGAGCAUUGUGGCAUGUGCAUCCACACUCUUUAACCUCAUUGGAAUGAGACAUAAGCGUAUCUCGAUGACUGAUGAAGCUUCGGAGUUAUCAAGUUUGGCCCAUAAGAUCAGCAAUAUUAAGGAUCGCCUCUGGCAACAGUUUGAUCUUUACAAUCACCAUAUUAAUAAGAAGAAGCACAUUGAAGCAUACCAAACGAUUCUCCGCAUCAUGGAUACUCCACAUCUUGAUAAUGUGACGCCUCUCAGGCAUCUGAUUAGCUUGAAGGAUGAUCUCCUACCGUUGUACAAGAACUCUACGAAAAAAAGGGUUAAAAUAGACAUAUUAAAGAAGAUGACAGUGUUGCUACUCAUCUCCGACCUUCAGCUACCCCUAGAAGAGCUAUCAGUUCUUGACCAGAAGUACAGGGAGGCAAGGCAUAACCCAACAAGGGCUGAGAGCCAGUUUGAGAUCGUAUGGCUCGCUAUGGUACCCAAUUCUAAGACAACACAGUCGAAAGACGCAGACCAAAUCAAAUUUGAGGCAUUACGAAACAUGAUGCCAUGGUAUUGUGUGGCUCAUCCCUCAUUAAUUGAACCAGCAGGGAUCAAAUAUAUCAAGGAGGUGUGGCACUUUAACACCAAACCGUUGCUAGUGGUAAUGGAUCCUCAAGGGAGGAUUGUGAACACUAAUGCGUUUAAUAUGAUGUGGAUUUGGGGAUUCCAGGCUUUUCCUUUCACUAGCCAGAGGGAAGAAUCCCUAUGGCAAGAGGAAACUUGGAGGAUGGAGUUGCUAACCGAUUCCAUUGAACCUAUGAUUUUCAAUUGGAUAUCUAAAGAAAGGUACAUUUGUUUGUACGGAGGAGAGGACAUUAAAUGGAUACGAAAGUUCACACAAACCAUAAAAGAUGUGGCUCAUGCUGCCGGGAUCCCACUCGAGUUGUUGUAUGUUGGCAAGAGCAACCCGAGAGAGAAAGUGCAAAAGAACAAUGAUAUAAUCCGGGAUGAGAAGCUAAGUUACGUGCUACCAGAUGUGACUCAUAUAUGGUACUUUUGGGUUCGACUCGAGAGCAUGUUACACUCUAAGUUGCAUUUUGGCAAGUCCUUUGAUGAGGACCCAAUUUUGAGAGAAAUCGAUGUGAUGCUUAGUUAUGACAGCGAUGAUCAAGGCUGGGCAGUGGUAUGUCGUGGCUCAAGUGGCUGGAUGCGAAGAGUUAACUGUGACACGCUUUUAACAAGCUUGACCAAUUACAAAGAGUGGCAGGAUGAUGCACAAGAGAAAGGUUUUCUACCAGCUUUAAAUGAUCAUUUUGAGGCAUAUCGGCCACCACUUCGGUGUAGCCAAUUGAUCUUGCCAGGAAACACUGGGAAUCCACGGCGGGCCAAAUCUUUUAAAGGCCUAAGACAAUUUUUUAAGCGAAUCAUUUCUGAUUAAAUUUCCUUACAUAAUGUUAACAAGUGAUAUACCUAUUUUAAAGGACGUGUAUAAUAGUAUUUGCAUAAAUUUGGUGUAUAUGACAAAUGAAUAAUCAAAUGGAUAAUUAUUCAACAA